UGUCACACAUCAAUCCUCGUCAACAAUUUCAUAUCUGCAUAUUCAUUUCUUACCUAAAAACACUCAUCACUAGUUCUUGUCUGUAUGACUGUAUCUAUAUAUACACACUGCAAACUCUUUUGCUGCAACUCAUUCUCCAAAUUAAACCCGUCCCCAUGACAACAAUUUCAUCUAAAACUCACAUCUUAGUCUUCCCUUUCCCAGCUCAAGGUCACUUGAUCCCUCUUCUUGACCUAACUCACAAUCUAGCCAACCAUGGCCUCACUAUAACCAUCUUACUAACUCCCAAAAACGUUUCUUUUGUAAACCCUUUACUCUCCAUCCACCCAUCAAUUAAAACCCUAGUUUUCCCAUUUCCUACAAAUUCUUCAAUCCCAGCUGGAGUUGAGAAUUGCAAGGACUUGCCCGGGGAAUUUUUUCCUAUCAUGAUCCGCACUCUAGGUGAUCUCUACCACCCUUUGCUCUCCUGGUUCAAAUCUCACCCCUCGCCGCCGGUAGCCAUUUUGUCUGAUAUGUUUCUUGGAUGGACGGAAUUUCUAGCCAACGAGCUGAAAAUUCCGAGGAUUGUGUUUUCUCCUUCUGGCGCUAUGGCUCUGUCUGUUAUUUAUUACCUUUGGCGUGACAUGCCUGGUAAAAGAGAGGAAAACGAUGUCGUUUUGUUUUCUGGGAUGCCUAAUUGUCCAAAAUACCCAUGGUGGCAAAUCUCUCCUAUUUAUAGAAACUAUCUUGAAAAAUACCCAGAUUGUGAAUUUAUCAAAGAUUCAUUUCGUGCCAAUUUGGUGAGUUGGGGUGUUGUAGUGAACUCGUUCACUGAAUUAGAAUCGGCUUAUUUGGAUUACUUGAGAAAGGAAAUGGGUCAUGAUCGUGUGUGGGAGGUAGGACCUUUACAGCCACAAAUUCAUGAUUCUUCAUCAAAAUUAAUUGACAGAGGAGGGGCUAGUUCUGUCCCCGUGAAUGAUCUGACGGCAUGGCUUGACAAGCGCGACGAUCAUACGGUUGUUUAUGUUUGUUUCGGAAGUCAAACUUCGUUGACCGAUAAUCAGACGGUGGAGAUCGCAUCAGGUUUGGAGAAAAGCGGGGUAAAUUUUAUUUGGUGUAUCAAGGAGCAUAUAUAUGAUAUGAUCCCAUCUGGAUUUGAAGAUCGUGUGGCGGGGAGGGGGCUGAUAAUAAAAGGGUGGGCCCCACAGAUUUUGAUUCUGAGUCAUAAAGCUGUAUGUGCUUUCUUGACUCACUGUGGUUGGAACUCGGUGCUUGAAAGUUUAGUUGCUGGUGUGCCAAUGCUUGCGUGGCCAAUGGGAGCUGACCAAUUUGUGAAUGCAAAUUUGUUGGUGGAUGAGUUGAAGAUGGCUGUGAGGGUAUGUGAAGGUGCUAAAACUGUGCCUAAUGCGGCUGAGUUGGCUCGAGUUUUGAAAGAAUUUAAGAGUGAGAACCGAGUUGAGAGAGAGCGAUCGAAGAAGAUGAGUAAGAUGUCACUGGAUGCUAUUAAAGAAAAUGGAAGCUCUGUGAAGGAUUUCGAAGAGCUGUUGCAGAAUCUUUUUGCUGUGAAGUUAUAGGCAAGUAGUCAUUUUUCAAACUAACUGCUGUCUUUAUGACCUUCGGGGGGAAAUGGACAUUUUUCUUGUUAGUGACAAAAAUGAAUAUAAAUAACAAUGAAAAGGAUAAUAAUUUAAUAGGGUAA